AUGCCAAACUAUGCCAAAUUCAUGAAGGAAGUUAUGUCCAAGAAGCGUAAACUCGAGGACUAUGAAACGGUGAAGCUUACGGAAGAGUGUAGCGCUAUCAUAAAGAGACAACUACCGGACAAGUUGAAGGAUCCGGGUAGUUUUACCAUCCCAUGCAUCAUUGGAGAACUUCACAUUGAGAAGGCCUUGUGUGAUCUCGGGGCUAGCAUCAAUCUCAUGCCUCUCUCUAUCUUCCGGAAGCUGGAACUUGGAGAGAUCACACCUACCACCAUCUCAUUACAAUUGGCGGACCGCUCUCUCACCUACCCUAAAGGUAUUAUCGAGGAUGUCUUGGUUAAAAUUGAUAAAUUCAUUUUUCCAGUUGACUUUGUGGUGUUAGACAUGGAGGAAGACCAGGAAAUACCUAUUAUUCUGGGCCGACCUUUUCUUGCUACCGGGAAGGCUUUGAUUGAUGUCCAUGAUGGUAACUUAACACUCCGGGUGAAUGGUGAAGAGGUAAAGUCCAACAUUAGUAACGCCAUGAAAUUUUUGGAAGAGCGACCAAGUUGUAACCGGGUGGAUGUGGUGGCCCCGUGCUUAAAGGACUUCUUUCAAACCAUUAUUUAUAAGGACCAUUUGGAGAGAUGUCUAACAACAUCGCUCUCUAAAGGGGAUCUCGGGGUGAAGUUCGGUGCAUGUGAAGUAGACUUGAUUGAUAGUGUUUAUGCUCUAGAGGCACUACCGGAGGAGAAGGUUAAUCCGAUGGAAAAGGAUGUCCUUAAGGUGCCCACACUUUAUAAAGGCUUGGAAUUGAAAACCACCACUAGUGACGGGCUAGUUUUGAAGCAAUUACCCGACCAUCUUCGCUACGUAUUCUUGGGAGAUGACUCUACUAAGCUGGUCAUAAUAUCGGCAUCUUUGAGCGAGGAGGACGAGCGGAAGUUGAUCAACAUGCUAAAAAGGUACUCAUCCGCUUUUGCUUGGUCAAUUUCUGACAUUAAGGGUAUUAGUCCGGCCAUUUGUAUGCACAAGAUUCUCAUGGAGGACACUCCUACAAGCCUUCUAUUGAACACCAACGGAGACUUAAUCCCGUAA